GCGUAUACGGGAGGCUUGGAUACCCUAGUACGAAUAUGGCACACUGACGAAGGGGAGGACCAGGAACCAGGAACCGCGUAUGAAGCUGAUGAGGGAAUUACGACGGUCGCCGCUGCCAAAGACUUCUGGCUCUCUGGAGGCCACGACUCUGAGGUGCGA